AUGUCUGCUGAUAUGAUACACUCGACACUCGGCCAGACUAAGCAACCUGGUCUGACGUCUCACGAGACCGAGGCCAGUUUUUACCCCACGCGGGGGUCGGUUUCUGUUGUUCAGCAAACGUUUCCCCACGUCAGUACACGCUUGAAGCGCAAAAUGAGCCCUCAGAACCCUCUUCAUGUCCUGGUCACCGGUGCCACCGGGUUCAUCGGCGCGCAUGUUGUGGACAACCUGUUGGCUCGAGGAUUUCGAGUGCGCGGGGCAACUCGAUCGGCCAGCAAAGGUGACCAAAUGAAGAAUGCUCGACCACAGUAUGCCUCUCACUUGGAGAUGGCAGUUGUGCCGGAUUUUGCCAACACCGGUGUCUUUGACGCAGUCAUGGAGGGUAUCGACGCGGUUAUUCAUGUGGCAAGUCCAUUCUUCUACAAUACUACCAACAACGAAGAAGAACUAAUCAGACCUGCUAUAAACGGGGUUCAAUCCAUCCUCUCCGCUUCAGCACAACCGGGGAGCAAAGUCCAGAGGGUCGUCUUGACGUCCUCGUUUGCUGCCGUCCUCGACAUUGACAGAAAUCCUCCGCCCGGCUUUGUCUAUACAGCCGAACACUGGAAUCCUCUUUCCUACGAGACCGCAAUCGACCCCAACUCCUCAUCUGUGGUGGCGUAUCGCGGAUCGAAAAAGUUCGCGGAACUGGCCGCCUGGGGAUUUAUCAAGGAGAAAAAGCCCCAAUUCGACCUCGUCACUCUCUGUCCGCCGAUGGUCUUUGGUCCCAUCGUACACCCAGUUGCCAGCGUCGAGCAAUUGAACGAAUCCAAUGCCGUUCUUUGGAGCGUGGCAGUGGGUGCCGAUCCUCUGCCCGCGGCGCGAGUGCCCGCAUGGGUUGACGUGCGAGAUCUGGCCGAAGCGCAUGUUCAGGCUUUAAUCAAUUCGAGUGCGGGUGGGAAAAGAUUUAUCCCCGUCUCGCCCGAGCCCUUCUCGUAUGAAUAUGCGGCGGACAUCAUGAAGGAAUCCUUCAAUUGGGCUGGUGAUUCUGUCACGAGGAAUUACCAGUCUGGAUCUAAACCGGUCGCCUCGUACGGGGUAGAUGGGGAGACUGCGGCUCGGGAGCUCAACAUCAGGUACCACGGCUUUCAAGAAACAGUGGUGGACUUUAUCUCUCAAGUUCGGCGAGAUUUCUUCUGA